AUGCCCAGUAUCGCCACUGAUGCGACAUCACAAAGCUUCGCGAUAUGUUUAUUCGUUCAAGCUCUCAGAGUCCCAGUUCCAAAGUUUGAUGGCGGAGUUGUCCAUUUGCAAGGAUCUCUUUCACUCAUCCUUGACUUGGCAGUUAGUGUUCCCGCAAAAAAUUAUACCGUGAAAAAUGUCGCAAGAGGUCUUGUUGACAAGUUGACUGAGAAAUUCGCAGGAGAAAUCGCUCAGAACACUGAUGGUUAUGAUCUGCUCAAGCUCCAUGAGGACCUACUCUUGACUGCGGAGAAUGACAGAGCAAGCAUGUUCAGAGAAGCAUUGAAUCUGAUCUUCGAAAGAUCAAAAACUGAAGGAGUGUCUUACAACUGUCAUUCUAAAGGACAUGAAGAUGAAUUUGAAAUGAAAGGAAGUGUCAAUGGAGAUUACUUUGGGAUUGAAGGAGAAGGGAAAGGACUGCCUUACGAAGGAAUACAGAGGUCGACUUUCUGAGUCACCAAGGGAGGACCCCUCCCAUUUUCCUUUGGCAUACUGUCGUCAGCGUUCAAAUAUGGAAACAGAUGCUUCACUAAAUACUCUGCCGACAUGCCCGACUAUUUCAAGCAAGCAUUUCCAGCUGGAAUGUCGUAUGAAAGGACAUUUACACUCGAGGAUGGAGGUGUUGCCACAGCCAGUGGACAUAUCUGUCCUGAGGGCAAUUUUUUUAAUCACAUAUCCAUGUUUCAUGGCGUAAAAUUUCCCGCCGACGGACCCAUAAUGAGAAAGAGGACAAUUGGCUGGGACCCGUCCUUUGAGAAAAUUACCGCCUCUAACAACCUUUUGAGAGGUGAUGUGACUAUGCUCCUACUACUCAAAGGAGGUGGUUAUCACAGGUGCUAAUUUCACACUGCUUUCAAAAAAGUAUUUUGUAUCUGCAACAGCUUCAAACGGUUGAAUAUCAUUCCCUUGGAACAUUUGGAUCGCAUCUUCUGUGUUUUACGGGAUAAAAGCGAUCAACCAAAAAAACAUUGA